AUGGACGAUGAAAUAAAGUCUGAUAAUACUCCUAUUACCACAAAUCCAAAUAACAACAACAACAGCAAUGAUAAUAAUAUUAAUAAUGACAAGCAAGAACAUAAUUUACCGACCCUGUCAACAUAUUCACCUUCCCCAGUUACAGAGACAUUGAAAAAUGAAGAGCUAUCUCUAGAAGCAACUGAACCAUCCUUAAAGGCAUAUCCUCAAACUACUUCAUCCAAAUCUUUAGGAGAUAUAGGCGGUGGCUCAUACACGAGACGAUAUUUAAAUGAUAAAGUAACGCCAGUUUUACUUGAAGGAAUGAGACGAAUUGCUGUUGAGAAGCCAGAUAAUCCGUUGAGAGUGUUGGGCGAGUAUCUAAUUGCAGAGAGUGAGAAACAAAAAUGA